UACACAUACUUUUACUUUGACAUUGUCAAAGUCAACGUUACUCUCGUCCUCAACAGUAUUGUCAGUCUCUUCUUCUCCACCCAGACACGCCAUUAAUCUUUUCACCCGGACUUCAACAUACCAUUUUCCAGUCUUUCAAGAUUUUAUUGUGAAUUUAUUUUUCUCUUCAAAUGGCUUCAAAAACCCUAGAAGCCAAGGCUGGAGGCCUGAUUGAUGGGUGUCCGAAAGUGGGUUCUGGAACUGAACCGGCUUCGGAGAAGGGGAGCUCCAGGGCUGAGAUUGACACCUCCACGCCGUUCGAAUCGGUGAAGGAGGCGGCGAGUCGAUUCGGUGGGAUGGGUUUUUGGAAACCCACCUCUCAUAAGCCCCCUGAUCAUGCCCCUGAGCUUGGUGAUGAAAUGGUUGACCUUGCACUAAUAGAGGAACAAGCUGCACGGUUGAAAAGGGAUCUGACUGUUAAAGAAAGGGAAACACUCGAUGUUCUCAAGGAACUGGAAACCACUAAGUGUGUUGUCGAAGAUCUGAAAUUGAAGCUGCAGAAAGAAACAUCUGAAAUCAAUGCAACCCUCGCUGCAAAUUCAGUUGAUACUAAUGUAAACUCUGCUUCUGCUGGCAUAUCGGAAAAAGAAAGUCAUGAAAACAGCUUGAAUGUUCAUCAGAAUUGGAUUGGCUGUUUGGACUUGUAUCCUUCCUUGGCUCCAGGUUUCAUCCUACUCGAACUGAAACGGGCUAAACUAAACUUAACGAGGACUUCUAAUGAUCUUGCAGAUAUUCGAGCUACAGUUGACCUCUAUAACAAGAAAAUUGAGAAAGAGAGAGUGUUGCUCGAGAAGACUCGUCAAGGGUUGUCUUCAUGUACCUCAAAAGUUUUGUCUCUCAAAGAAGAACUUGAUCUUACAAGCCAGAAACUACAGCUGGUAAAAGAAACUGAGGACCUCGGUAGAUCUCAUGAUCCCUUGAAUGUCGCAAGAGAGCUAGAAAAGCUGAGUUAUGAGGCGGAACAAUUUAAGAAAGCGGGAGAAGCUGCAAGAUUAGAAGUUUUAAGGGCAACGUUAGAGAUUGAACAGACAAAAAAUAGGAUUAAAACUGCUGAGAUAAAGUUGGUGGCUGCUAAAAAAUUGAGGUCAGCAGCAAAAGCUUCUGAAGCUGUGGUUCUUGCAGAAAUCAAAGCAAUGUCAAAUGGUGAAAAAUCAUCUGCGUAUUCAAAGCAGAAGUCAGGAAGUGUAACUCUUACUCUUGAAGAAUACUCAUCCCUAAUUUCCCGAGCUCGAGAAGUGGAGGAAGCUUGUAAAGGGAGGGUAAUGGAUGCAGAAGUUCUUUUCAAUGAAGCUAACGUGUCUAAAACAGAAAUCUUGAAAAAGGUUGAAGAGGCGACUGAAGAAGUUAAAAUUACCAAAAAGGUCUUGGAAGAAUCGUUGAAUAGAGUGGAGGUGGCAAAUAAAGCUAAAUUGGCAGUUGAAGAGGCACUCCGGAAAUGGAGAUAUGAGCGUGGUAAGAAAAGACGUUCUUCAUACAACUCUACUAAAUUUAAGAAUUCUUGUCGAUCUCACCUUCAAAAAGAUUCUUCCCUGCUUGAUGUAAGUGAUAUGGAUUUGUUUGGUAAUGAGUCAAAACCAGUUUUGAAGCCGAGUCUAUUCAUUGGGCAAAUGUUGAACCAGAAACUGCUUCUAAAAGAAGAACACGAGAAUGGGAUGCAGCCAGAAUAGAACAAAGGCAAGUUUCCCUGGGUCAAAUGCUUGGCAAACCUAAUACUGAUCCACUUUCCGUUAAGAAAACUGGGAAAGAAAAUGCUGACGAGCAACUCUGUGUUAAGAGAAAGAAGUGUGGUUUUGCUCGGAUCUCACAUUUGCGAAAAUGCAAAGUAAGAAGAAGAAGAAGAAUCAAAAGGGAGUUCAAGGUUUGACGUUGUAUAGAUAAACUUGUUGGAUUGUCAAGUUUCUUUGACCAUUGUCAUUAAUCCCCACCAUGAUUUUGUACAGGUUUAUUAGGCAGGCAUAUACGAGCAUGGAUGGAGUAGUGCACUAUUUCUCUCUUUUAUAAUUUUCCCCACUUUUUUUCUACAAUGAAACUUUGAGCAAGAGACAGAGAAUUUUUAUUUUUAAGGAGCAUAUUAUAUUAUGUG